AUGCGCGUUGGAUUCUUGGGUUUAGGGGUAAUGGGCACGCCCAUGGCCCUAAAUCUCGCGCGGAGGUUUUCCCUUACUGUCUGGAGUCGAAGCCAUUCCAAAUACGCGGCACUGAUACAAGCCGGUGCUAAGAUUGGCAAAACGCCGGCAGCAGUGGCUCGGCAGUCUGAUGUAAUCUUCACCAUGUUAUUCAACGGCCCGGCGAUGGCCUCGAUCUUAAACGACGACUUCAAAUCAGCACUGCGCGGCAAGACCCUGAUAAACACCAGCUCAGUCAAUUUGGAGGUCAGCAAACAGGUAGCGGAGCAAGUCGAACAGGCUGGGGGCGACUUUAUCGAAAUGCCGGUCAGCGGCAGCAAAAUCCCGGCGGAGCAAGGCAAAUUAGUGGGUCUCAUGGCCGGCGAUCCGGCCGUGGCAGAAAGGAUCCGGGCGGUGGUGGAGCCGCUCACCUCCGCCGCCGUGUACUGCGGGCCGAUCGGCCACGGCCUCAAGACAAAGUACGCGGUCAAUCUUUAUCUCAACAGCCUUACCCUGGCGCUUGCCGAGUCGUUUAGUCUUGCUCGGGCCCAGGGCCUCGACUUCGAUGCUUUCGGACAGGUCCUCGAUGCCGGACCGAUGGCUUCUGCGUACUCCAAGAUCAAGGGCGCCAAGAUUGUCAACGGGGAUUGGGCUCUACAGGCGGCUAUCAAGGAUUGUUACAACAGCACGCAGCUCAUUUUGGACGCCGCGAGGCAAGCGUAUGUACAGUCGCCGCUUGCAGAGUUGUGUGGUUUGCUGUAUGGACAGGCACAAGGGGCCGGCCUGAGCGAGGAGGACAUGAUUGCGGUUUACAAAGUCUUCCGAUCAACCCGAAAGAUUUCAUAA